GCAGCGCCCGCCGGGGCCAUGGCGAAGAAGAGCGCCGAGAACGGCAUCUACAGCGUGUCCGGCGACGAGAAGAAGGGCCCCCUCAUCACCCCCGGGCCUGACGCCCCCGCCAAGGGCGACGGGCCCCCGGGCCUGGGGGCACCCGGCGGCCGCCUGGCCGUGCCGCCGCGCGAGACCUGGACGCGCCAGAUGGACUUCAUCAUGUCGUGCGUGGGCUUCGCCGUGGGCCUGGGCAACGUGUGGCGCUUCCCCUACCUGUGCUACAAGAACGGCGGAGGUGUGUUUCUUAUUCCCUAUGUCCUGAUCGCCCUGGUGGGGGGGAUCCCCAUUUUCUUCUUGGAGAUCUCGCUGGGCCAGUUCAUGAAGGCCGGCAGCAUCAACGUCUGGAACAUCUGCCCCCUGUUUAAAGGCCUGGGCUACGCCUCCAUGGUGAUCGUCUUCUACUGCAACACCUACUACAUCAUGGUGCUGGCCUGGGGCUUCUACUACCUGGUCAAGUCCUUCACCACCACGCUGCCCUGGGCCACGUGCGGCCACACCUGGAACACGCCCGACUGCGUGGAGAUCUUCCGCCACGAAGACUGUGCCAACGCCAGCCUGGCCAACCUCACAUGUGACCAGCUCGCUGACCGCCGGUCCCCAGUCAUCGAGUUCUGGGAGAAUAAAGUCUUGCGCCUCUCCGGGGGUUUGGACGUGCCAGGGGCCCUCAACUGGGAAGUGACCCUGUGUCUGUUGGCCUGCUGGGUGCUGGUCUACUUCUGCGUCUGGAAGGGGGUCAAGUCCACAGGAAAGAUCGUGUACUUCACCGCUACAUUCCCCUACGUGGUCCUCGUGGUGCUGCUGGUGCGCGGAGUGCUGCUGCCCGGCGCCCUGGAUGGCAUCGUCUACUAUCUCAAGCCCGACUGGUCGAAGCUGGGGUCCCCUCAGGUGUGGAUAGACGCCGGGACCCAGAUUUUCUUCUCUUACGCCAUCGGCCUGGGGGCCCUCACGGCCCUGGGCAGCUACAAUCGCUUCAACAACAACUGCUAUAAGGACGCCAUCAUCCUGGCGCUCAUCAACAGCGGGACCAGCUUCUUCGCCGGCUUCGUGGUCUUCUCCAUCCUGGGCUUCAUGGCUGCCGAGCAAGGCGUGCACAUCUCCAAGGUGGCAGAAUCAGGGCCAGGACUGGCCUUCAUCGCCUACCCCCGGGCCGUGACGCUGAUGCCCGUGGCCCCGCUCUGGGCUGCCCUAUUCUUCUUCAUGCUGCUGCUGCUCGGUCUGGACAGUCAGUUUGUAGGUGUGGAAGGCUUCAUCACCGGCCUGCUCGACCUCCUCCCGGCCUCCUACUACUUCCGUUUCCAAAGGGAGAUCUCCGUGGCCCUCUGCUGCGCCCUCUGCUUUGUCAUCGACCUCUCCAUGGUGACCGAUGGCGGGAUGUACGUCUUCCAGCUGUUCGACUACUACUCAGCCAGCGGCACUACCCUGCUCUGGCAGGCCUUCUGGGAGUGUGUGGUGGUGGCCUGGGUGUACGGAGCUGACCGCUUCAUGGACGACGUGGCCUGCAUGAUCGGGUACCGACCGUGCCCCUGGAUGAAGUGGUGCUGGUCCUUCUUCACCCCGCUGGUCUGCAUGGGCAUCUUCAUCUUCAACGCGGUGUACUACAAGCCACUGGUCUACAACAACACUUACGUGUACCCGUGGUGGGGCGAGGCCGUGGGCUGGACCUUCGCGCUCUCCUCCAUGCUGUGCGUGCCCCUGCACCUCGUGGGCUGCCUCCUCAGGGCCAAGGGGACCAUGGCUGAGCGCUGGCAGCACCUGACACAGCCUGUCUGGGGCCUCCACCACUUGGAGUACAGAGCUCAGGACUCGGAUGUCAGGGGCCUGACCACCCUGACCCCAGUGUCUGAGAGCAGCAAAGUCGUGGUGGUGGAGAGCGUCAUGUGACGGCCCGCGGCCACGUCACCAGCUCGCCCUCUUGUAGCCAUAGCAGCCCCUGCUUUCCCCCCACCCCCAUCCCUCUCUCCAGGGGGCCUGCCUUUCCCUGUCACUUUUGGGGUCUGCCUGAGGGGGAAGGGAGGAAGCACCACGCGUGCUACCUAAAAUAACUUUUUCCAUUUUUAAUAAAACGCCAAAAAUA